UUCACCUCUCCACACUUCCUACACCACACACACCCACUCUCUCUCUCUCUCUCUCUCUCUAUAUAUAUAUAUAUAUGUGUAUGUAUGUAUGUAUAUCAGCAGCAGUGGUAUUAAGCAACAGUGGAGUAGCAACAGGGGCACCAGCUUUCUCUCUCCAAUACACACUCUCUCUCUCUAAUGGCUCUGUGUACAUUCUCAUUUCCCUGGAAUUUGAGCCCCACAGAUCUCCAUAGAAAUGGUCCUCUCUCUUCUCAUUUCCUAUGGGGAACAGAUCUGCAGUGUCAAAUUCAGCAAAAGAACUACCACCAGGUCAAGAAAAGGGCAGUUGGGUUUUGGGCAUCACUUUCAGAGAGAGGAGAGUAUCAUUCUCAGAGACCACCAACGCCUCUCCUGGACACCAUCAACUAUCCAAUCCACAUGAAAAAUCUUUCUGUUAAGGAACUGAAACAACUUGCAGAUGAGCUACGGUCUGAUGUCAUCUUCAAUGUUUCCAAGACUGGGGGUCACCUUGGUUCAAGCCUCGGUGUCGUCGAGCUCACUGUGGCUCUUCAUUAUGUCUUCAAUGCUCCUCAGGACAAGUUAUUGUGGGAUGUUGGCCAUCAGUCUUACCCACACAAAAUUUUGACUGGAAGAAGAGAUAAGAUGCACACAAUGAGGCAGACAAAUGGGCUUUCGGGAUUUACUAAGCGAUCGGAGAGCGAGUAUGAUUGCUUUGGCACAGGUCAUAGUUCAACUACUAUCUCAGCAGGCUUGGGGAUGGCUGUGGGAAGGGAUUUGAAGAAAAGAAGGAACCAUGUCGUUGCUAUUAUAGGUGACGGGGCAAUGACAGCAGGCCAAGCGUAUGAAGCCAUGAACAAUGCAGGGUAUCUUGAUUCCGAUAUGAUUGUUAUUCUCAAUGACAACAAACAAGUCUCUUUGCCCACUGCUAAUCUAGACGGGCCUAUACCACCUGUAGGAGCUUUGAGCAGCACUCUGAGUCGUUUGCAAUCAAACAAGCCUCUAAGAGAAUUAAGAGAAGUUGCCAAGGGAGUAACCAAACAAAUUGGCGGGCCUAUGCAUGAACUGGCUGCAAAAGUUGAUGAAUAUGCUCGUGGAAUGAUCAGUGGUUCUGGAUCAACACUGUUUGAAGAGCUCGGACUCUAUUACAUUGGUCCUGUUGAUGGUCACAACAUAUAUGAUCUUGUUUCAAUUCUGAGAGAGGUUAAGAGCACUAAAACAACCGGUCCUGUACUCAUCCAUGUUGUCACUGAGAAAGGUCGAGGAUACCCGUAUGCUGAGAGAGCUGCGGACAAGUACCAUGGAGUGGCCAAGUUUGAUCCAGCGACUGGGAAACAAUUCAAAGCCAGUGCUAAAACUCAGUCUUACACAACAUACUUUGCAGAGGCUUUGAUUGCAGAAGCAGAGGCCGACAAAGAUAUCGUUGCAAUCCAUGCUGCAAUGGGUGGUGGAACAGGCUUGAAUCUUUUCCUUCGCCGUUUCCCAACACGAUGCUUUGAUGUUGGGAUAGCAGAACAGCACGCUGUAACUUUCGCUGCAGGACUGGCCUGCGAAGGCAUUAAACCUUUUUGUGCAAUCUACUCAUCUUUCUUGCAAAGGGCUUAUGACCAGGUAGUCCAUGAUGUUGAUUUGCAGAAGUUGCCUGUGAGAUUUGCAAUGGACAGAGCUGGGCUAGUUGGAGCAGAUGGUCCAACACAUUGUGGUUCUUUUGAUGUCACAUUUAUGGCAUGCCUACCAAACAUGGUUGUGAUGGCUCCUUCUGAUGAGGCCGAGCUUUUCCACAUGGUUGCAACUGCUGCCGCCAUAGAUGACAGGCCAAGCUGUUUCCGUUACCCAAGAGGAAACGGUGUGGGCGUCACGCUGCCAUCAGGGAACAAAGGCAUUCCUCUUGAGGUUGGGAAAGGCCGGAUAUUGAUUGAAGGGGAGAGAGUAGCACUCCUGGGAUAUGGAACGGCUGUUCAAAGCUGUUUGGCUGCAGCCGCUUUGGUAGAACCCCGUGGUUUAUGGUUAACAGUUGCAGAUGCACGCUUUUGCAAACCAUUGGAUCGGGCUCUUAUUCGCAGCCUGGCAAAGUCACAUGAGAUUUUGAUUACAGUAGAAGAAGGAUCAGUUGGGGGGUUUGGGUCACAUGUUGCUCAGUUCAUGGCUCUGGAUGGGCUUCUUGAUGGCACAGUAAAGUGGAGACCAGUGGUUCUCCCUGAUCGGUACAUUGACCACGGAUCACCAGCUGACCAACUGUCCCAAGCUGGUCUCACACCAGUCCACAUUGCAGCAACAGUGUUCAAUAUACUUGGUCAAACAAGAGAGGCUCUGGAGAUUAUGUCAUAGAAGAGAUGUCGGGUUUUCGCUUCUCUCCACAAUGUACAAAUAGGGCGACCCACGGCUUUAAACAACAAUAGCAGGUGUCAGCUAAUAUUUAAAACGCUGAGGGUGACAGUUAGAAUUUGAAUUUAUCAUCUUCCAAUACUGUAAAAAUUUAGUGUUACCAAACACAAGAUGCCUAGCGGCGAAAAACCAGGUCAAAAGAAAGAGGAUCUAAGUCUGAUUAAAUAUGUAAGAUCGAGAGAAUUUUUAACCUCUUGUAAUGUGUUCUUGAUCAAUUAAUUCAAUGUUGAGGUCAAUCUUUUGGCAGUUGAAUUCUGCAUUCA